UCACGGCAGAGCAAAAUAGUUAAUGUAAUAUUAUUGGUAAAACGUAUGUAAAUGUGUUGUGAUCAAUUAUUAUAAGUAGUAAUUUAUAAUGUACCUUAAAGAAUAUUAACCAUAAUAAUAAAUUAAUUAGCUGUUUGAAGUCAGUGAGUUCAGUAAAGUACUUUACGUAAAAGCGUCUAUUUGACGGUGUUUAAAGGAAUUUAAUAAAGGUCCAAGUUAUAAGUAACCAUGGCAGAUAUCUUAGAUAUAUUGGAUAUAGAACAGCCUAGUGCUUCAGAGAUAACACGUGAUAGUAUAUUACAUGGUGAUAAAAAUAAAAAGAAAUAUGUUACCGCCAAAGCCGUACGAAGACCAGAGGGUAUGCACCGAGAGGUAUUCGCUUUGCUGUGCAAUGAUAAUAAAGAAUUACCUCCUCUACUGCCCACAGACACUGGCAAAGCAUACAAGCAGAAUAAAGCUAAACUUGGCAUGAGAAAAGUGAGGAAAUGGGUGUGGGCACCGUUUACAAAUCCUGCUAGAAAAGAUAAUGCUGUAUUCCAUCAUUGGAAAAGAGCUGCAGAUGAAGCUAAGGAAUACCCGUUUGCACAAUUCAAUAAGCAAGUAUCAAUACCGUCAUAUUCCGAAUCUGAGUACAAUCAAUACUUAAAAUCGGAGGAUUGGAGUCAAGCGGAAACUGACCAUCUCAUGGACUUGUGUCAACGAUUUGAUCUCCGCUUCAUUGUGAUCCACGACAGGUGGGACAGAGCAGCCUUUAGAGACAGGAGCAUUGAGGACUUGAAGGAGAGAUAUUAUAAUAUUUGUGCCAUAUUGAGUAAGGUCAAAACUAAUCCCUGGUCCAAUACAGUGACAAUGGUAAAUGGGGAAAAAAGAGUAUACCACUAUGACGCUGAACAUGAAAGGAAACGAAAAGAACAACUUAAGAGAUUAUUUGACAGGACACAGGAACAAAUUGACGAAGAGCAAAUGUUACUCGCUGAACUCAAGAAAAUAGAAGCAAGGAAACGUGAAAGGGAAAGAAAGACGCAAGACCUGCAAAAACUUAUAUCAAGAGCUGACAGUGGUGGAAAUGGAAUCACCAGUAAUCAAUUGAAUACCACCACAGAGGGUGCUAAUACUCCGACGAAUACAUCAAGUAUAGCUCGACGACAUGACAGGAAGUUGCAUAAGAAGAAACUGUCAACACAGCAGAGGCCUGUGAGAGCAGUGGAAACAGUAACUGUGGAGUGGUCAGGUAUAAAGUUCCCUGAGGCUCGCAGCACAGGAGUGUGGUUACGAUCACAGCGGAUGAAGUUACCACCUGGAGUGGGACAGAGAAAGACUAAAGCUAUCGAACAGGAACUCCGUCUUAUGAAUAUUGAUAUUGCACCCACACCUACGGAGGCUGUGUGCAAACACUUCAAUGAGCUGCGCUCAGAUUUAGCACUUGCUUUGGACUUGAAGAAUGCAUUGGCAUCUUGUGAAUUUGAACUACAAGCACUGAGACAUCAGUAUGAAGCUUUAAAUCCUGGCAAGACAUUAACCAUACCACCGUCAAUCUGUAACACAAGCACAGACGGAGAAACAAAACCAGUGAGUGAAAUUAUAGAUGUUGUCGGUUCCCCGAGUGCUUUGAAUAAUACUAUCUAGCGUUAAGUGACUCAAGAAUUUAUCGAGUUUAUGUUAUUUGACAAUUAUAUAACAAUAUUUAUAUAAUAUACAAUCCCUGUUGUGUAAAUGGGUUCAAGUGUAGAAUAAGCGUAUUAUGAAAAUAAAAUUAAUAAAUGUAGCAAA